GGGUAUAUAAAUUGUCAUUCGCAGCUCGCAUGCAGAAGGAUUUCGAGGAGUUACAGGGCACGUCCAACUACACUGUGUCUCAAGACAUCAUAGUUCUACACGACAGGUUGCUACUUUCCUAUCUAUAGAAGAUGAAGUCCGUUCUCCUCCUUCUCUGCGCCGUCGCUAUGGCUUGCGGCACCCCCGUCUCAUCGACCGACGCCAAACCAUCAACAUCACAGUCGCAAUCGACCGACACCGUUCACUCCGAUGCGCAGUCGAACGAUGAGACGAUCGUGGACAGCGCCAUGUAUAUCCAGAGCGUUUCUCACAUGGCAGUCGUCGAAAUGCUCUCUCCCUUGAUGUCGGCGAUGUCGUCUCUUGAUUUACAGAUUUCGAAAAUACACAGCAUUGCUGUCAAGACUGGCGUUUCUAUUCCAAGCGUCAUCGUUCCAGAUAUCGACAUGACCGUUAUAUACAAGUGCAAGGCCAAAUCUGAGCCCAAGUUCUCCCCUGCACUCCCCUACCUUGUGUCGAAGAGAGAAGAGAUCAAGACUCAUACUGAUACAGCAACCCUGAUCGCUCACGGGAUCGAAUAUGUCAGUAACCUCCUUGCCCAUGGCGAGACGGACCAAAAAACCCUGGAAGCGAUGUCAUCCAAGCUGAGUGAUUUCUUGUCCAAAUAUUCCAGUCUGAUCUCCGGAUUGACGUCAUCAGUCUGUCUUGAUGAUAAAUCUCAAUCAAGAGAAUCCGUGGAUCAAAAGGUUCCCCAAUCGAGUCAGGAAAGCAUGGAUCCUGCCCUGGAAAUUUUCUAUAGGGGUUUCUUUAAAUCCAUUUUUUUUCUUCAUUGCAGGACGAGCUGGAUAGGAUAAAAACUAAGCAGCACAGCUACCCAAUGCCAUUGGGACAGUCAGUUCGAGAAACUCUACCAGACAACGAUUUUAUAACCAAUGACUGAAAAGUCUCUAAACUAAUCAUCGUAAUUUCCUCAUUCCUCUAAAUGUAAACGGAUUUUGAUAUGGCUUUUUGUAUACAAUAAAGUUGAAUUAAUUUCUAAAAUAUUGGAUUAUUGUGCUUUGUUUGUUCCUUUUAGAAUAUCCCUAUGCCUCAAAUUUGAUAAAAAUAUACGAUCUGCUGUAUACUGUACGAGAAAUGUUCGAUUAAUAAUGACAUCUUGUUAUUCCAAAUGGUCAUUCCGAACAUUUGAAUACUACGAAUGUUAUUUAACAGUGAUUUUUUUUUGUUAAAAGAACCUCUUGGUUUGGGAACAAAUACUGGGUUUGGGAUAUUGAAAUGUAAUUUUAUUCACAAAUUUUUAUUUUGAAUGAAAAAGAUUCAAAACUUGAAAGAAAAAUGUUCGAGUUUUGAAGCUACAUUGUCAUACCAUUUGUAAAUAGUUUAUAGUUAAAUCAUUUUAUUUCUUGUCUCCGCGUUGAGUUUCCAUCUUAUUCGCAUAUAUCUAUUCUAGCCCAUAACUGUUCAAUCGCCUUUAUAUUUACUCCGUUCUAAGCCAUGCAUGUCUACCCCCCCCCCCACUUUCUUCGACCCCUCUCUUGUCACUAGUCUCUCCCAUCCCCCUCUCCCAUCCCUCUACCCCUUCUCUUCUCCCCCUCUAUCUCUCUCUCAUCCUCCCCCCUCUCUCUCUUCUCCCCUUUCUUCCCCCUCCCCUCUAUAUCUUCUCUGUCGUCUACUUUCUUAACUCCCCUCUCCCCCUCUCAUCUCCCCUCUUUCACAAUGCCAUCCAUUAUUUUAACUUGAAACGACACUGAACACAUUGAAAAACAGUACGAUCUCUCGUGUUUAUAUUUAUACAAAAUUGUGAUAUUUACAUUGUACACUUUACAUAUACAUUCAGUAUUACACUCACGUCAUUUAUCCCAUGCUUAAUAUUUAUCCGUCAAACCGAUAUUUAUGAAAGCUUUCAGGACUUCUUCGUUGCCCGCUUCCACGUUACAUCUAAAAUUUAUUCAUUUAAUCUACAGAUUAGAUUAAUAGAGUUGUACUUUAGUAAACACAAUUAUUGCAAUAAACAAUUAAACAAGAGAUUGCACCAAUGUACUCGAUUAUUAUUAUGAUCUUUUUGCUGUGAGCUUCAUAUGAACUUCAUGAAUAUACCGGAAAUGCUGUUCACAAUUUAGCAUAGAAUGGUGUUGAAAUACAAGAACGUCGUUGAUAGCACUUUGCAUAGCAUUUUUUUUUCAUUACGCAACUCGACUAAUCCAAUAUGACUUUGAAUGUAUUCAGUUAUCACAAGUGAACUGAGGAAAUCUAGAAAAUAAAAAACCCAAUAUGACAGACCAAUACUGUCACUUUAAAGCUUGCGUUUCUGAAAGGUAGCUCUCUAGACAGUGGGUAUCCCCCCCCCCAAAAAAAAAACUUUAAGGGCCAACUAUUUUCGAUGCUUUGAAUCGGACUACAAAUUGUCAGGACUUUUUUUUAUAUCCAGUCUUGUCUCAUUUUUUUAAUGAAGAAAACUUUUAUCCAAUCUGCGUCAUUGAUCUUGACUACAGUAAACUCGCAAUCAUGACAAUAGCGCACCGUUUCACCGAUCGCACCACACCAGGCAAGUUUAAUAUCGCUGCGUUGGAAAUUACGCUAUAUUCUGUUCUCAUGAACCCUGAAUAUUCAUAAGGCGUAGUAUGACUAAAUAAUCCCUAUUGGGUACCAUAAUGUUAAUUAGCCUUUAUCAUAAGGGAGAGGGGUACGCAGAGGGUGACGGUAACUGGUAGAAAAGAGGGAUCCAUGCGAACAUGCUCUAGUGACAUCACACCAGGUGGGCGUUUCAUAAAGCUGUUCGUAAGAUACGAAUGACUUUACGAACGACACGAAUGACUUUACGAACGACUGGUAUCCUUUCUUGUGCAAUGUGAUAUCCCUAUGUAAUUGAUUUAUGACCUAAGAACAUGUUCCAGUCGUGCGUAACUUUAACAGUUUCACGAAACACCCACCUGAAUGUAUAAUAUGUCUGAAUGAUACCAUGAGAAACUAAACAUGGAGAAUUUUCAUGCUCCUUUAUUCGCGUAUAAGCCUCCGUUUACAUGAUCAUGUUAUCAUUUUCGGCACAACGCU